AUGGCAGAAAGCGCUGGGGAAUGGUGCUUGAUAGAAAGUGAUCCCGGGGUAUUCACAGAACUUAUCAAAGAGUUCGGUGUCGAUGGUGUGCAGGUCGAAGAACUCUGGAGCUUAGACGAGGACAGUUUUAAAGAUCUUGAACCAGUGCACGGGCUAGUGUUUCUAUUCAAAUGGGUAAAGGACGAUGAACCGGCUGGUUCGAUCGUCCAGGACAGCCGGCUGGAGAAAAUCUUUUUCGCUAAGCAAGUCAUCAACAAUGCUUGCGCUACACAGGCCAUUCUAAGUAUUCUGCUGAACGCAGCCCAUGCGGACAUUAGUCUAGGUACUACGCUGACGGAUUUUAAAGAGUUUGCCUGUACCUUUGAUGCGUAUAACAAGGGUCUCGCGUUGAGCAAUGCCAGCCAGAUCCGCACCGUGCACAACUCAUUCGCCCGGCAAACUCUGUUCGAGCUGGACAACAAAAGUUCCGGCAAGGAGGAUGUGUUUCAUUUCGUCGGCUACGUCCCAGUAGACGGCCGGUUGUACGAGCUGGAUGGACUGAAGGAGGGUCCGAUCGAUCACGGUGCCGUCGGUCCCGGUCAGGAUUGGCUGAAGGUAGUGCGGCCUAUCAUAGAGAAGCGCAUGUUGAAAUACAGCAAAGGGGAGAUCCACUUCAAUCUGAUGGCCAUCGUGUCCGAUCGACAACUCAUUUAUCAAAGGCAGAUCGAUCAACUGUUAACAGCGGUUGAAGGCGAGAUGGAAACGGAUGCGAGGCAGGAUAAAAUCAACCACCUGAAAAUGCUGAUCGAUGACGAGGCAGCCAAACGUAAGCAAUAUAAAACGGAGAACAUUCGCCGUAAGCAUAACUAUCUGCCAUUCAUCGUGGAGUUGCUCAAGGCGUUAGCCGAAAAUGGUCAGUUGAUGCCGCUGUACGAAAAAGCAAAACAGCGCGCCCUGGAACGAGAGGCAGCUAAAUCGAAGCAAUCAUAA